UCCGUGACACACUGAAAUCCGUUAAGAUGGGCGGUUCUUCGUGCAAGUCAUAAAGAGCUGGGACGCUGUCAUCUGACAAUGUCCUCCAGGUUUGACAUGCAUGUUCAGAAGCCGAUAACCGGACCGAAUAAGCAUUAGAAACACAGAUUGCACUGGGCAUUUAUAGCUACUGGCGGUGUGCUCGGAAAUACUGCGGGCGAAAAUGAGAUUAAACAGAAGAGUAAUACGCUUGAUUUAGCAAUAGAAAGAUAGCUAUGGUACUGGUGAUUCUGCUUGAAGUGUAAAUUCUUUCUUUCUUUUUAAAUUGUAGUUUUGUUUUUUACGAAACUAUUUUUUUCCUCAGAGGAGUUGCAGCAUAAAAUGGCAAAAAGAAUGAUUUGGAUAUGUCGCUGUAGGAGCCGAGCGGUGCUGGAGAUCAAGGGACGCCCGUUGUAUUCCGGCUGGUUUCUGAUCACGUGCACUUUGUUUCUCCUGGUGAGAGCUGACAGUCCUUGUCCCUUUCCUUGUGUUUGUUUUGAAAAUAACGGGACAGUCACCUGCACUGACUUGAACCUUAGCGAGGUGCCACCAGACAUUCCUCCAUGGGUGCAAACGCUUAAAGUGACGGGAAACAACAUUACAACAAUUAAAACCAGAUCGUUUUUAACGAACGAAACCUCACUUGAACAUGUGUCUACUCUUUCUCUCCUCGCUAAUAACAUCCAGAGUAUUGAAGCUUAUGCAUUCGAAGGAUUACCCAAUCUGAUGAAUUUGGAUUUAAGUAACAAUAAAUUACAGGAUGUUUCUGCGGAUGCUUUCAGUGGAUUGCGCAAGCUGCAAAAUUUAAAUUUAAGCAAAUCUAUCGCUCCCUCUGCAGAAAAUGAGGUACUUAAUGCACUGGGCAGUUUGCAAAGUCUGCGACGACUCAAUUUGUCCAGCUGCCAGCUGUCAGUAGCCUCCAGCAGACUUCCUUUGCAAAAUCUGGAGAUGCUCGAUCUGACAAGAAAUUUAAUUCAGAAUGUGGACGAGGAGACGCUUUAUAAAUGGUCACAACAUAAAAAACUUCACAUUUAUUUACGGUUCAACCCUUUCUUGUGCUGCGACCUUGACGCUUUUUAUGUCUGGUUGAAGAACUCUUCGCAGUGCGCAGAUUUCGGCCACCUGAGGUGCGCAGGACCAGAAACUAGAAAUGGCACGAAAAUCGUGAGCCUUAAAAAGGAGGAUCUUCAUUGCCGACUUGCGGAUCUAGAGACCGUGUCCUAUGUAUUCCUGGGCAUUGUAUUAGCUCUGAUUGGGGUAAUAUUCCUAAUGGUGUUGUACUUAAAUAGAAAAGGCAUUAAAAGAUGGUUAAAUAACAUCAGAGAAGCCUGUCGUGAUCAGAUGGAAGUUUAUCAUUACAGAUAUGAGCAAGAUUCCGACCCCAGGCUUGCUAAUGUGGCUGUCUAGUGCUGAUGCUUGUAAAGCAGAUUUCUAUAGAAAAAAGUGAUAGCCGCGUUACAGUAGGGAACCCCUCUGCUACCUACAUUUGUCCUAGAAGCGUUCAAUUUAUAGACGAUACAGUAGUUUAUGCACAAGAACGAUUAAGAGUAUGCAUUUACUUCCAAACAAAGUCAGGAUUAUUACAGUACUUCGAAUAAGCCAUUUUCUGUAAAGAUAAGCCUGUAGCUGAUACUGAUAAGCUGUCAUGUGUAUUAACAUGCCUAGUUCUCUAGGUGUUUAUCCUUCAUUAAUUUUAUUAUUUUGUAUUAAAUGUUCCAUAUUGCGCAGGAAAGAUUUGCUGCAAAUGAUUUUAACUCUGGAAAACAAAGCACAUUUGAAACGCUUUACUGCCUUAAUCAUAAGCUAAAGCAUUUUUAAGUUGCUUAUUUGCACGUGAUGAAAUUAAAACAUUUCUUCAGACUAAAUGUGUGCGGGAGUGAGCCCUGUGAUACACUGGUGCCCUGUCCAGGGCUGGUCCUUGCCUUGCACCCAAUGUUGCCAGGAUAGAUUCAGUCCCCCGUGGCCUUGAAUCGGAUUAAACAGGUUUAAAAAAGUUAUGUUAUAUUCAUUUUCCACUUGCAACAUGGUGUGUGAAAGAAGCCACAUCUGUUUCACUUGCAUAAUGUGCUUAGUGUAAAUUGAUUAAAAAAUAAAUUCAGAAAAGAUUAAAUAAAUAUAACAAAGUUGUACUACAGCAUUUGAACAAAUGAUGUAUAUGCCAUGAAUGCACACUAUUUUGUGUCCUAUAACCAAUCUUUUUUAGUAAUGUGCUAUUGUUUCUUCCUCUCAGCUCUAAAAUUAGAUUAAGCACUGUUAGUUAAUCAACAGAAGAAUGGAUGGAUGAGUGGAUUGAUGAACGUUUUUGUAAUGAAUAUUUUUAAAUUAGAUGGUUAUAGUGCAGUAAUACAUAAGUACAUCAACUCAUUUCCUCAACCCGUUUAGUCCAAUUCAGUGUUGCAGGCAUCCAGAGCUUAUCUGGCAGCACUGAGCACAAAUCAGGUCAAGUGACUUGUUCACGGUAUCAUGGGGGAGACUAAAAUGACAGCUAAGCCUACAGCCUUGUUGUAUACAGCUCAAUGCUCAUAUUCUUAUAUUGUAUAGAGACUUAUUUUUCAAUAUCAAGCAUCAUUUUGUUAUACUGAACAAUAAAUUAUAACCCACAUCUUUAAAUUUCAUUUAAGAAGAAAGUGUAUUUUCAUACCUAUGUCCCAAACAUGCAUAGCCAUUCAUACAUCCAUAUAAACAUACU